GGCAAGUUGGUAGGCUGUUGUGUUUUCAUGGUUCAUGAGCAUUGCAACACACGUGCCGAUGGAGGGCGGCAACGAGGACGGACGUGCGAAGUUGACGACGAUCGAGAAGACGGCCGUGGCGGCGGCUGUGACGGCCGUGCUCUUUUGUUAUCAGCAGAAGAGGGCAUUGGGCAGAAUGAGAGCGCAGAUCUGCGCGGAGGAGGUCUUGGUCGAAGGGCUAGAUACCGUGGCCAUCAUUGAGGCUGUAGUUCAGGUUGUAGAUGUCAGCAGAGUGCCGGAUACACUCCCCGUGCCGGAAGGGUCACCGCCGUGCAUUGACGCGGUGAAGGGAGAUGGAAUACUUCCAGGAUUGGACAAACAAGGUUAUUGUUUUGUGAAGGAGAAGGGAACUCCUUGGCUAGGAGAUUGCAGGAUUGAUGGAGGCAGGAAUCAUAUUUGCACCACCCACUGCCAUGUUCAAAGAGGUAUUCCUCCUGGGUACAUCUGUCACAACUGGCUGGAUCUAUCAGGAGGAGAGAAGGAUGCAUACACAGAUGGAGGGACUGUGUCAACAUGGAGGCUUGUUCGCUGCGAAAAUGGUCUGCGAUAUUUCUCGGAAAUCUCAGAGUCCCCAGGUUUGUUUAAGUUGCCGGUUAUGAAAUCUGUGGGGGUGGUUAAAGCGGCACCCUCAGAAGUCUUCGAUCUCGUGAUGAGCUACCGGAAGGAGAGAAUGAUGUGGGAUUCCACAUUUGAGGAAGGGAGGGUAAUUGAGCGUAUUGAUGGACACACUGACAUUCUCUACGUUGCACUUCGACAACAAUUCACGUUUUCGAGGCAGAGGGAUUUCUGCUUUUCAAGGUACUGGAAGAGAGAAGACUCAGGACAAUAUUUGGUAUUCUUCAAGUCGCUUGCUCACCCAAAGUGCCCUCACAGGCCUGGGUAUGUGCGUGCCGUAAUAUACAGUAAGUUCCUUUCUUUGCAAUGCUGUGGCCAUAAUUAUUAAUUUCCUUUUUACUAGUUUCUUACUUUUUGGCCCCUAACUUUUUUGUGUUCAUCUGAUUCCAUCAGGACUCAAACUCAUCUUUUUUUUUUUUUUCUUCGUCUUGUUUGUUUACGAAGU